GUCACUGACAUGAAAUACAGAAAUUAGAAAUGGCUGCGAUAGGUAGUGGACGGGGGACGAUGGAUUCCCAAAAUCAAGUGCAAAGUGAUACUGUAGAUCGUUUAAAAUUACUUUAUCCUAAUGUAAAUGAAGAUGAAACUCCAUUGCCGAGAUCAUGGAGUACUAAGGACAAGUUUAGUUACAUCGGUUUAUCGCAAAAUAAUCUUCGAGUCCACUAUAAAGGUGGGAUGCAGGGUCCGGGCCGCCGACCCCACCUGCCCUACCUCCACUUACGCCUCUGGAUGUAUCGACAUGGCAAAACACACAAGGACGCGGCGAGCGUGCGCGCAACUCACCCCAUCCCGGCGGCGUGCGGCCUCUACUACUUCGAGGUGCGGAUCGUGUCGAAGGGCCGCGACGGAUACAUGGGCAUCGGGCUCUCCGCACACGGCGUCAACAUGAACCGCCUGCCUGGCUGGGACAAACACUCGUACGGUUAUCACGGCGACGACGGCCACUCGUUCUGCUCGUCGGGCACCGGGCAGCCGUACGGGCCCACCUUCACCACUGGCGACGUGAUCGGCUGCGGUGUCAACCUCGUUGACAACACCUGCUUCUACACAAAGAAUGGACACCAUUUAGGGAUCGCAUUCAGAGGAUUACCGCCGAACCUGUACCCGACGGUGGGACUGCAGACUCCUGGCGAGGUGGUGGACGCGAACUUCGGCCAGCAGCCCUUUGUGUUCGACAUCGAAGACAUGCUGCGAGAACUGCGUGCCCGCACACGGCUCGCCAUCGACGAGUUCCCGCUGCCCGACUCACAGGGCGAGUGGCAACAGGUGCUGCACAGAAUGGUGUCAUCGUACCUGGUGCACCACGGGUACUGCAGCACUGCGCAGGCGUUCUCCCGCGCCACCGGACAACCUAUAGACGAGGAUAUAGCAUCCAUUAAAAACAGACAAAAAGUGUCAAAGUUGGUGGUGUCGGGCCGCAUCGGCGAGGCCAUCGAGCUGACGCGGCGGCUGUACCCCGGCCUGCUGGAGAGAGACCACGACCUGCUGUUCCUGCUCAAGUGUCGUCAGUUCGUCGAGAUGGUCAACGGCACAGACUCCCAGGCGUGCGCGGAUAAGGCGUGUGCGGCCAGCAACGGAGUCGCCACCUCAGUCAUCUCACACACGUCACACUCGUCACACACGCACAUGUGCGUCGCCAACGGACAGGAUAUACUUCCCCACACCAACGGCGUGCGGGAGAGUGAUAUUGCGGCUGCGGGAGGUGCGGGGCUCGACGACGACCACCGGCCACGUGACGUGGACAUGGCCCCGCACAACGGCGCCCACACACACCCACACACAGGUUCGGAGCAGCUGCCGCUGAAGGGCAUGCCCGGGGUGACGGCGAGCGUCGCCGCGCUCAUGGCCCAGUAUCGCGCCGGCGGCUGCGGGUGUCCGGAGUGCGCGGGGGAGGGCGCGGGCGGCGCGGGGGGCGAGGGCGAGGGCUGCGGCGCGCGCGCCUCAGUCGAACGCAUGCUGGCCUUCGGACGCGACCUCUACGCCAUGAGCCAGAAGUUGCAGCAGGAUCCCUAUCAUAAGUCAAUGUUGGAGGACGCGUUCAGCCUGCUGGCGUACAGCAACCCGUGGGACAGUCCCGUGGGGUGGCAGCUGGAGCCCGUGCGCCGCGAGGCCGUUUGCGAAGCCCUCAACUCUGCCAUACUCGAGGCGCAGGGCAUGGCGUGGGUGUCGCCGGUGGAGGCGAGCGUGGCGCACACGCGGGACCUCCUCCGGCGCAUGUCCCGCGCCGCGCUCGGGGCCUGCGCCUUCGCGGACCUGCCCGCCCUACUGCGGCGCUGACCUCGCCCGC